AUGGGGGUGUUUGACAUAGGACACACACAUUCCCUGAAUAUUGUUCUCCUGGGUAAAACUGGAGCAGGAAAGAGUGCUUCAGGAAACACCAUCCUGGGAAAAAAGUCAUUUGAAGAAAAUGUUAGUUUUAGGUCUGUUACUCGUAUAUGUGAAAAGGAUGAGGAAGACGUAGCCAGUAGACCAAUCACAGUGGUUGACGUCCCAGGGUUGUUUGAUACAAAAAAGACAGAAGAUGAGCUGAAAGCAGAUAUCGAGAAGUGUGUUACGUUGUCUCUUCCUGGGCCUCAUGCUUUUCUGUUGGUGAUCAGACUGGAUGUGAGAUUCACAGAAGAGGAGAACAACGCAGUCAAGUGGAUCCAGGACAACUUUGGUGAGAGUGCAUCAAAGUUCACCAUAGUGCUGUUCACUCAUCUUGAUCAGUUGAAAGGAAUGGCAUUGGAAGAUGCUGUAAAGGAUCCUGAGAUACAAGAAAUCAUCAACAAAUGUGGCGGUAGAUAUCAUGCUUUCAAUAAUGACCAAAAACAUAACCAGACUCAAGUGAACCAGCUGCUGGAAAAGAUUGACACCAUGGUGAAGAAGAAUGGAGGAGAAUACUACACAAAUGAGAUGUACCAGGAGGCUCAAAGAAAGAUCAGAGAAAAAGAGGAAAGGAAAAGACAGGAGGAGGAGAGAAGGUUGAGGGAGAUGGAUGGAAAAAAGGAGAGGAUGGAGGCAGUAGUUGGGGUUGCAACAGGGGUUGCAGCAGUUGGGUUAACAGUUGUGGGAUUAGUCGCGACAGUAGCCGAGGGAGCAGCUAUAGGAGCAACUAGCGGGGUGGUGGGAGGACCACUUGGAAUAGUAGUAGGAGCAGCUGUGGGAAUGCUUGGGGGAGCAAUCAUGGCAGGAAUUGGUGUUCUCCACCUUAUAAGGCAGUAGAUGAUAUGAUCCCACUUCUGAAUUAAGAUCAAAAUGAAAAUUAAUGUUAUCAUUGAUUUUGCGUCUGGAGUUACAAUAGUGCAGGUAGACCAAUAUGCCACACAGUGAUAAGAAGUUGAGACAAGAGACCGACAGAGAACCGGCUCCAUUCCCAUUUGCGAACCAACAUUUGACCGUUCUGAGUAUUUCGACCAAACAAAACAAAGCCGGUUCGGAACAUGGCACCUUGGUGCCAAAGUUGAACCAGACAAUAGUUGUUUUUUUCCUGCAAACCGGAGUGGGAGUGUCAUUGUGCCAUUCAGAGGGGAGAAAGCUAAAAGCAUGAGUUUUCCGUCCAUAUCAUCUGUUGCCAUGAGUAAACAAAAUUACGCUGCUUUACGCUGCAGAUGUUGACUAGCAUUUUAAAUAACUAAUUUCUGCCAUUUUUACAGACAACUGUUCAUAUCAUUCUCCCGUUUAUGCAUCUUAGUAACUUUUGUUUUUGCAUGCAACACCCACUGUUGAUGACGCAUCCUUCAGAACUCCUUCCGGUUCAAAACUAGUGAAAAUGUGGUUCACUAGCACCAUGGUUCAAAGAAUUCUGAAUGGCACCUGUUCAAGAAUGGGUUUGCUGUCAGUGGAAAUACUAAGUAAAUUAGUAGGCCUAUUAGUUCAUGUGUGAUGGUGUCAACAAGUACUUUCAAGUACUUUCUAUGUCAUACUAAUUGGCUAUUUCUCAGGAGUUGAAAUUAAGAAAUGUUGAAAAUGGGUUCAAUCUUACAUUGCUGUUGAACUGAACUCAAUUAUAUUUAAGAUUAGACACUAAUGUGAAUGUCAACAGAGGCAUUUACAAAGGA